UCUGCCUAAACAACCUGACGGUGGGCAGUAACGUGUUAGGUGGAUGCGGUGAGCCCUGUAGACUGAAAGCAAGCGAUAAAGUCCCUAGGAAUAGUAUUCUCACUUACUUCUGUAAUGGUAAUUACGUGCUCAGUGGGAACACCAUCACCGUUUGUAUAAAUGACGAAUGGUAGAACCCGCCUACUUGUCAGAAAACGUGUUCACCUUUGGAAAGCAUCACCAUCGAUAUCUCGUGUACUUAUCAGGGAGAGACCGUACUGUGCAAUGAACGGGCAAGGCCAGGAACACGAGCAAAGCUCUCAUGUAAACAAUCUUAUAAUUUACCACCCCACAGACGACCGAGUCUAUCGGGAGAUCGUCCGCCUCGACGAUGCUCUUUGGGAUCGUAGACUCUUCAGCUGCUUGUCAGAAAAUGAAACGAACAUGGCAAUAUUCUUAUUGUCAAUGGAUAUUAAUGGAAAACUCGACCUUUUUCUGUGGCACGUUGGUUUAUAUUAGAGCAAAGCUAAAAAUAGCUACAGUCAAAUAUAUUGUGAAACUCUCAUGAACAAUAAUCUGUAAUAUCCGGUAACUAUGUUAUAUAUAAUAAAAAAAGAA